CUCCUGAGCUCACGCCUUCCAGACAAAUCCCCCUGAUGCCUCCAUUCUGUCCCGCCGUAUAUAAGGAGGGCGUGCGCCCCGGGUCCUCAGUGCGCUGCCCAGAGGCCCCUGCCCUGACUCCCCGCCGGCCCCGGGUCCCUGCAGAGUCCGCGCCCACCAUGGACGUCGCCAUCCAGCACCCCUGGUUCAAACGUGCCCUGGGCCCCUUCUACCCUAGCCGGCUCUUCGACCAGUUCUUCGGCGAGGGGCUCUUCGAGUACGACCUGCUGCCCUUCCUGUCCUCCACCAUCAGCCCCUACUACCGCCAGUCCCUCUUUCGCAGCGUGCUGGACUCCGGCAUCUCCGAGGUGCGAUCCGACCGGGACAAGUUUGUCAUCUUCCUGGACGUGAAGCACUUCUCUCCCGAGGACCUGACGGUGAAGGUGCAGGAGGACUUCGUGGAAAUCCACGGCAAGCACAACGAGCGGCAGGAUGACCACGGCUACAUCUCCCGCGAGUUCCACCGCCGCUACCGCCUGCCUUCCAACGUGGACCAGUCCGCACUCUCCUGCUCGCUGUCUGCGGACGGCAUGCUGACCUUCUCCGGCCCCAAGGUCACGUCUGGCAUGGAUGCCGGCCACAGCGAGCGGGCCAUCCCCGUGUCGCGGGAGGAGAAGCCCAGCUCCGCGCCCUCCUCCUAAGCUCGGCCUCGGCCUCGGCUGCCACCCGCUGCGGCCCCCGCCACCCAUCCCUCCGGGGGAACCCUAGAAAGUGGGGCGUCUGUCUCCCCUGCCUCCCCCUUUUCCAUUUCCUUUUCCUUUUCUCCGAGGGCAUGAGGGUUUGAGAGAGUAGCCUGGAGAGCUCGGGGCCUUGGCCUGAGGUGCUCAGACCUCAGAGUGACCCGGAUUCCAACACCAGCCAGUCGGUGGAAGUGACCGCCAUCCCAGCUUCUCAGACGGCAUCCCCAUCCUCCCGGGCUUGCGGGCCGUCCAGGCUGGCCGGGAGGUCAGAGAACACCCCUCGCUGAGCAAUCUCUGGGUGGCCUCUGGUCUCCAGGGCCAGCCAGGUGCGUCUCAGCCCUUGGUGGCAGGCGCCCUCACCGGGGCCGAGCCAGGUGCCGUGAGAUCCGUCUGGCGGGGCUCCCGUGCACCCAGGCUCUCUGCAGGCUGCACCUCUCAGACCCCCUCCCCUCCAACCCUUCUCUAUGUAGUGCCGCUCUUGGGGCAUCUGGUCACCCAUGAGAAGGCAGCCCGUGGCAGUCAAUAAAGAG